ACCGCCGUUGCCGUCGUUGCUGUCGUGGUCGCCAAUCUGAAGUACAGAAUACGUUCUGCGCGAAAAAAUUGUGACGUGCCAACCAAUUAUGAGGUUUACGACAUUCGGUGGAAGAUCCUGACUUUUCCUGCGUUGCCGUCGCAACUGAUUUCUUCGUCGCCAAAGCAACGAAUUUGCUAAAUUGAUACCGGGGCACGAAUUCGGCACAGCUAUGGCAGAAGGAAAUGGCGAGAUAAAAAUGGAAGAAAAACAAGAAAUGGAAAAUGUGGAACGGACAGAAGAUUUUAACAAACUCAUGCAAUAUGGACUAGACGAGAAAGUGGCUGCCAAAUUGGAUGAAAUUUAUAAGACGGGGAAAUUGGCUCAUAUAGAUCUGGAUGAGAGAGCGCUUGACGCAUUGAAGGAAUUUCCGGUCGACGGUGCGUUAAAUGUGCUUACACAAUUUCUGGAAUCGAAUCUGGAACAUGUAUCUAACAAAUCGGCAUACCUUUGUGGAGUAAUGAAGACCUACAGACAGAAAAGUCGUGCUGGUCAAGGUACAGGCACCAGCACGACACCAAAAGCCCCAGAUGAAGACAAAAUCAAGUUAAUACUGGAAAGAACGGGCUACCCUUUGGAUGUAACUACUGGGCAAAGAAAAUAUGGUGGUCCUCCACCAAAUUGGGAGGGUCCCACUCCUGGAACUGGUUGUGAGGUAUUUUGUGGCAAAAUCCCAAAAGACAUGUAUGAAGACGAAUUAAUUCCCUUAUUUGAGAAAUGCGGAAAAAUUUGGGACUUGAGACUGAUGAUGGAUCCCAUGUCAGGUUCCAACAGAGGAUACGCAUUUAUCACAUUUACUAACAGGGAAGCUGCGCAGCAAGCUGUUCGAGAGCUGAAUGAUUAUGAGAUUCGGAAAGGGAAAAAGAUUGGUGUUACCGUAUCUUAUAACAAUCACCGCUUGUUUGUGGGAAAUAUUCCAAAGAAUCGAGACCGAGAUGACUUGUUCGAAGAGUUUACAAAGCACGCACCUGGCCUGACAGAGGUGAUUAUCUACAGCUCACCAGAUGACAAAAAGAAGAAUAGAGGUUUUUGUUUUUUGGAAUACGAAUCUCACAAAGCAGCUUCCUUAGCCAAGCGAAGAUUGAGCACUGGGCGUAUCAAAGUUUGGGGAUGUGAUAUUAUUGUCGACUGGGCUGAUCCUCAAGAGGAGCCAGAUGAACAAACCAUGUCCAAAGUUCGUGUGCUUUACGUGCGAAAUUUGACGCAAGAUUGUUCUGAAGAGAAACUGAAAGAAAGCUUCGAACAAUAUGGCAAAAUCGAGCGAGUGAAAAAAAUCAAGGACUACGCCUUUAUACACUUUGAAGAUAGAGAUAAUGCUGUUAAGGCAAUGAAUGAAUUGAAUGGUAAGGAAAUGGGUGGAUCUCACAUAGAAGUUUCAUUAGCAAAACCACCAUCCGAUAAGAAGAAGAAGGAAGAGAUGCUGCGCGCCAGGGAAAGACGAAUGAUGCAAAUGUUACAGGGUAGAGGCGGUGGAUCUCCGUCUCAUCCGAGCAUGAUGGGAGGACCAAUGCCAGUUCGCGGGCCCACACAGGGACCUCGGGGCACCGGUGCAGGUAUGCGUGGACAGAUGGGACGUGGCGAUUACGAUUAUGAUUACGACUAUUACGGUUAUGGGGAUUAUCGAGGUGGCUACAGUGAUCCCUAUUACGAUGACUAUUAUCGAUAUGAAGAUUACUAUUUCGAUUAUGCGCCGCCUCCGCCGCCUGCCAGAGGGAGAGGCAGGCAGCCUCAACCGGCUGGUCGUGGCCGUGGAGUAGCGCCACGUGGCCGAAUCGGUGGCCCGCAAGCCCGUGGGCCAGUCAGGGGGGGACGCAACCCCGCAACUUCAGGGGUCCGUGGGGUCCAGCGGCUGGCCGCUCGUGGGGGGGUCCGCGCCAAGGGAAGUUUACCAGGUGAGGAUGCAGGUAAACGAAAAUUUGACGGGGGUCACCAGAACCAGGGGGAAUCUAAGCGUCGCUUCCAGAGCAAUUGGGGAAACCAGCCCCUCGCCCAACAACCACUGGGCAAUGCAUAUGGAUUGGCGAGUGUAAAUGGUGGCAGUGGUGGUGGUGGCGGUGACAUAGCUUUCGGAAGUAGAGCCGGCACACUCGGCGGUGUUUCCGGCGACGAUCACGAAUGGUAUCAAGACUCUUACCAGUCGUGGAGCUAACUUCUGCAAUCCUGUGAGUGAUGAAAAAACACAUACGAACAAAUGCAUGAUAAAUGAAGUGAAAAA